AUGGGUCUGUUGGAUGGUCUGAUCACGGGCUUUGCGCGCAAGAGCAAGUUCGGACGCUCGCACUCGCUGCGUCCACUAACGAGCAAACGUGCCAAUCGCCGCUUCUACAAGGGAAACGGCUGCCGCAACGAAGGGACUCACGCGAAACGGGGUCGGUACGUUGUGGACCCGGACAAAUUGCUGCAGCUCGAAGUGCCUGAUCUCACGGGCUUCAAGCUCAAGCCGUACGUGUCGCCGCUAACGCCCAACCGCCGUCCGCAGUAG